AUCUCUCCCUAAAAGCAAAUGCCUGAUUGGUUGCUGUGGGUUACUGAAUGAGCUCCUCAAUUUGCCCAUUUCCAAUAUGGCCGCCGCCCACCUCUUCCUAAUCCGGGCGAGGAGCGACCGCUGGAUCCGUAGCCCCGCCCCUUCCCCAAUAGUUACACGGGCCGACCACGCCCCCCCAUCAGGCUGCGCUGCAAGUUCCUGGCAGGACCUGUUACAGUUCAGUCAGUUCUGCAGCCAAGCCUUCCUUCCCAGAAUGCCUUCCUGGGCCCCCGCCAUCGGCCUCACCCUCUUCCCCCAGGUGGGCGCCAUCGCCGCGCGGUUCAUAACGGAGAGAGAGGUCGAGACCUGGUUCAAGACCCUGGUGAAACCCUCCUGGUGCCCCCCCAACUGGAUGUUUGGCCCUGUGUGGGGCACGUUAUUUACCUCCAUGGGCUAUGGCUCCUACCUGAUCUACAAGGAACUGGGAGGGCUGAAUGAGAAUGCCGUGGUGCCUCUCGGACUCUACGCCAGCCAGCUGGCACUCGUCUGGGCAUGGACUCCCAUAGUCUUUGGGGCCCACAAGAUCGGCUGGGGACUGGUUCAUAUACUUCUCCUCUGGGGGGCCGCCGCCGCCGCCACAACCGCAUCUUGGUUCCCUAUCAGCCGGCCUGCGGCGUAUCUGAUGCUCCCCUACCUGGCGUGGCUCACCUUGGCCUCUGCCCUCAACUACCGCUUCUGGAGGGACAACAAGGACAAGAGCGAGUAGGAACCAUUCCCGCCAGCGAGGGGGGGUCUCUGUUUGUAUGAAGGAAACCCAGCAGUCGGCUGUACAACGCUGAAUGUACGGCGGCGCCACUGUCACUGUUGGAUCAUUCCGCCGACAUUUCAUUCAAUAAAACCCAGAAAAUGAAAAGCU